CGGCUUUGACUUUCAACAGCUGAUUCUUUGUAUUUUUAUUUCGUUUUCCAACACUAAAUACUCAAGGAUACAGGAGCUUUAAUAAAAACAAAACAAGAUAGGAAGUUUACAUUUUUUGAAGAUUUUGAAUAUCUCUGUUAAUUUGAAGAAUGGAAACAUUAUCCCUACACGAAUUGCACAAAAUAUGUCGCAUUUGCUUAAAGAGUGAUAUUUUGGUUUCUAUAUAUAGUCCUACCUUCUUGCUGCGUCCUGUUGAUAUGUUGGAGAAGCUAAACAUAGCUAAAACCAAUGAAGAUACCUUACCAUCGCUAUUAUGUCAGUCGUGCCUUUAUCGCCUUUUGGAUGCCUACAAUCUACAACAACUGGCUGAUGCCUCAGAACGACGCUUAAAGGAAUACUUUUACGGUGUUACCUCUCCAGCCAUAAGCUUAACCAAUGAUUUGGAUACACCAGCGAAUACCAAGGUCGCUGAGGUAAGCGAUUCGUCCGUAUCAAUGUCUAAUAUUUGCGACAUGAUGUUUUAUCGCCAUGAUGCCACCACAAAUGAUAUGGUUGAAGUUGUGGGUGAUGUAGAACUACUGAAUGAUGUUGAAAUUGAUGUUAGUAGUUUGACGCGGUCAGAGGCAGGUGAUAAUAAUACAUUGACAUUUGAGGCAAUUACCAAACAAUAUGACGAUAGUUUCCAUCACAUUCAUGAAGUUCAAAAUUUUGGAAUUGAAAUUUCAAAACAAGUGCAAAUUAAGGAUUUUCCCGCCAACUCUACUGCUAAAUGUAGUUCUAUGAAAACCUUAAAGAAAACCACAAUGAAAGUACCAGAUGAAUGUUUGGAAUGCGGCAAGGUAUUCCACUAUAAGGGCUAUUUGGAGAUACACAAACGUGUUCACACAGGGGAGCGACCAUUUAAAUGCCAGAUUUGUUCCAAAGAAUUUAUCACAUCAAAUAAACUUUUACUACAUCAGCGUAUGCAUAGCGGCGACAAAAUGCACCAUAAACGUUUUCAAUGUGAAUUUUGCUCAGCAUUUUUUGCAACUUCAUCCAAUUUAAAAUCUCAUAAACUCACGCAUACAACGGAUCGUAAUUAUCUGUGUAAACAAUGCAAAAUGACAUUUAAGUCGAAAAGAGAUUUGAGACGACAUGAACCGAUGCACAAAACAAUCCGUGAUGUCUUUUGUGAAAUUUGUGAAAAGUCGUUCACCAAGCAUACAUCGCUAAAUGCCCAUCUGGCGAUGGUCCAUCGCCGAAUACGGAAACACAAAUGUACAGAAUGUGAAAAGAUUUUUGGCAAAAAAUCAAAUCUAAUUAAUCACAUGAGAAUCCAUAGUGGGGAGAAACCAUUCGAAUGCCCCUCGUGUUAUUGGAAAUUUGCACAAUCAUCGGCUUUAAAGAGACAUUUAAAGACACACAUGAAAAGUUCCACCCUGAAUGACCAAUGAACAAAAUUUCUUUACAUGUGGUAUCAUUGGAUCAACACUAAUGCAAAAUCAAAAACUCUUGGAUUUAUUAUGUUUUCUUCAUAUAUUCUUCGUACAAACGUAACAAAUCAGCACUAGUUCUUGGUUGGACUAUAUUCAAUGCGUAUUCAAAUUGCGCCAUUGUCACUGAAGAUGCAUCGAAAUUCUCCUCAAGGGUUUUUAGUGCUGCCUCAUGACAUACGGCUUGUAUUUCAGCGCCAGAAUAUCCAUUCGUGCUAUCCACAAGUUUUUGUAUAUUAACAUCAUCUGCCAGAGGCAUUUUUUGUAAUUUGAUUUGGAAAAUUUGCUGCCGAGCUUCGUCGUCAGGCAGGCCUACAUAGACAAUACGAUCAAUACGUCCAGGACGCAGCAAGGCUUUAUCAAUCAUAUCGGGUCGAUUUGUAGCCGCAACAAUGGUAACAUUUUCCAAGGAUUCAACGCCAUCCAUUUCGGUCAAGAGCUGUGUCAGUACUCGUUCCUUAACAGAGCUACCCGAAGCACCAGAAGAACCAUCAGCUCUUUCUCCGCCAAUUGCAUCGAUUUCAUCAAAAAAUAUAAUAGCUGGAGCAACUUGUCUAGCCUUGCGAAAGACUUCUCUGACCGCUCGUUCAGAUUCUCCCACCCACAUCGAGAAUAGUUCUGGGCCCUUGAUGGACAAGAAGUUCAGCUGACUCUCUGUAGCCAAAGCUUUGGCUAUCAUUGUUUUCGAACAACCUGGAGGACCAUACAUUAAUAGCCCUCUAGGAGGCUUAAUGCCCAAACGUUUAAAUUGUUCAGCAUGCUUCAAAGGCCACUCAAUAGCUUGUUUCAAUUUCAACUUCAAAUCAUCUUGUCCUCCUAUAUCAGUCCAUCUUACAUUGGGGCAUUCUAUAAGAACUUCACGCAUGGCAGAUGGCUUCACAACCAACAAAGCAUCGCGAACAUGGCCUAUAUUUAGUUGUACAACAUCAGAGUUGCCCAACUUCAUGGCCUUCAAAGUGGCAUUGUAGACCAGAUUUGCUAAGUCGGCUCCCACAAAACCUAAACAACGGAAAAUUUCCUUUCUACCCUCUGGUGAUGGUGGUGCCACUUCCACUUCACAAUCUAAGCGGCCACAUCUUCUUAGACUUGGAUUCAGCAGCUCUACAUUUGAGGUUGUGGCUAGAACAAAACAUUUUUGUGCCUCUUUUUUGAUAGCCAAGGCGUCUAAUAUGCUAAAGAAGGCAAUUGCUACUCGUUUUACAACCUCAUUAUUUUCAUGUUUUGGACAGAGAUUGUGCACAUCUUCAAUAAUUACUAACGAUGGCUGGGGAUAGUGAUGGAAAACUUUAUCAAAUUGUGCAUUCAAGUUUUUUUCGGUUUCUCCCAAAAAUUUGCUGAAUAGUUCGCUUGAAUUUAACUUUAAUAUCAACGGUAGAAAGGUGGAUUUGGUGUCAUAUUGUUUUUGCAAUAAUUUUGUGGCCAUAGCUUCGCAAAUGAUUGUUUUGCCGCAUCCGGAAGAGCCAUAAACCAAUAAGCUGCGGGAUAUUUUGACACCUGUAAUAAAGGUAUGUAUUAUUAUAGAA